AUGCUUAGACGAGAAGCUACCACCAUAAGAUUAUCACCAGAAGAUAUCUUAGAAUAUGAUGAUAGUGUGGCACAACAACAAAAACAGAAACAAGAACUACAACAAGGACAAGAACAAUCUAUACCUCAACAGAAUCCAUCUGAUUUUAGUCCUCCUAAUAUCUUACAAGAACAAAUAAAUAAUAGUAGUCAUAGUAUAAUUCCUGAUUUUAAAGAAGAAUCAGGAUCAAUCUAUCAGAGAUCACGUGUGAGUCAACAACAGCAACAACAACAAAGUCAAAGUCACCACCAUCAACAACAAUCUAGAGAUGAGAGGAUUGGUAUUCAAAGGAAUCAUGGAUAA